AUGGCAUCUGGCAUUGGAUCUAUCUCUGGCCCUGGGGCUGUGGAUGACAGGCGUCUCCAUCCCGAUGGGCUUGACGCGACCACUUACCCUACAAGGGUUCUAGCAAAGCUCCACGACCCCAGUAUUCCGUUUGAAGAGUACCUUCACUAUGCGAAGAUCACUCGCCAGGAGGAAGAACGGUUGUACGGCCCUGGGAGCGACUUCACCCAAGGUCCUGGUCCUACAAUGACCUUCAUCAAAGAGAAGAUUCUCCGCAAGCGCGUCGAGCAACGUCGCGAAUCUGUUCCUCAGCCUAGGCUGUCCAUCAGCGCUCAAGGAGAGGGACAAAUCGUGCACGAGACCGAUUCGGGCAACGAAAAAUCAGGUGUUGAGAACAAGAAGUAUGAACCCAUGACCAUUUCUGAUGAGGAAUGGGUUCAGGCCUCACGCGCAGCGAGAACAGCUACCUGGGGUGCCGUCUUCUACCUCAUCACCACCGACAUUCUCGGUCCUUUCAGUACCGGAUACUCCUUCUCGCAAAUGGGUCUUGGCCCUGGUGUUACGCUCUUCACUGUGUUCGGUGCCCUUGCUGGUUAUAGUGGGUACCAGCUCUGGCGCAUGUAUCUCCAGCUGGACAGCGAUCGCUAUCCAAUGAAAGGCUACGGCGACAUCGCUUUCCGCGUGUACGGUUCCUGGUUCCGCCACACUUGCAACCUUCUGCAGUCGUUCCAAUUCUUCCUCAACGUCGCCCUCAUCAUCCUGAGCAGCGGUCAGUCCAUUAGCCAGCUGUCCAAGGGGAACUUGUGCUUCAUCGUGUGCGUGGUUGUCUGUAUGAUUGCUGGCUGUAUCGUUGGACAGAUUCGAACCCUCCAGCGGUUCGGCUGGUUGGCUUCUUGGGCUGUGUUCCUCAACUUGUUCAUCAUUUUCGCAACCAUGGGCGUCAUGGCUCACUCUCCUCCCAACUACCAACUCUACGCCGCUGCGAACCCUGAUUUCGACAUCAACAACCCACCACCAGUUCAAGUCUCCGGCUCCGCACCACCCGGUCUGGACAUUGUCGACAACGUUAAUGGUCUCAUGAAUGCUGUCUUCUCCUUUGGUGGUGCGACUCUGUUCGUCGAACUUUUGGCCGAGAUGCGUCGCCCUAUGGAUUUCUGGAAGGGGCUUCUCUGCGCGGACAUCCUCAUCUAUGCCUGCUACAUGGUCUACGGAAUUUACACCUAUUGUAUGCAAGGACAGUACGCGUACAAUGUAUCAUACCAGGGUAUCUCCCCAUACAGCUGGCAAACAGUGUGCAAUAUUAUCGGUCUCAUCACCGGUCUCAUUGCUGCUGUUCUUUACGGCAACAUUGGUAUCAAAGUCCUCUACAACAACUUGGGCCGUGAUCUGCUCAACUUCCCGCUGUUGGAAUCCAAGACGGGUAAAUGGAUCUGGGUUUUCUUCGUCCCCGUCUACUGGAUUCUUGCUUGGAUUGUCACUCAAUCCGUUCCUCAAAUCAACUCAUGGAUCGUCCUCGUCGGUGCCGGGUGUAUCUUGCAAUUCACAUACACAUUCCCGCCUUUCCUGAUGCUGGGCUUCAAGUGCCAGCGCGAUGCCAUGCUUCCCGGCGAAACAUUUGACCCAGCCACUGGCACCGUCCGCCACCUGGACAGCGGGCUCCAGAGAUGGUGGAGAGGUUUCAAGAAGGAACUCUGGUGGAAUCUUUUCGAUCUGAUCUUCUACUUGGGAAGUUUUGUGACGAUGGUUCUCGGGUUAUAUGCCGCAUUUACAUCGAUGGUGAACGCAUAUAGGAGCUCUGUGAACUUGAGCGCCUGGAGAUGUGAGAGUCCUACGGGUUAA